CUGAAACUGAGUCGGCAUGUUUUUAUGUUCGUUUUCUUGCAAGCGGAGGACAGAUCGACAAUAGCGGUGCGUAAACUUAUGUUGGAAAAUAUCGCUGCGAGCCAUUUGUAAACAUUACGUGUACGUUCUUACGCAUUGUUGUCAUAAUAAGUAGCUUUUACUGACACUUCGUAUGUGUAUGUGUGUGGGGGGGGUCUUUGGGCCUUAUGUAUCUGAGUUAUGACCCAGCAUUAGCUUCUGCAUUUGAAUAUUAUCACAGGCCAAACAUGGCUUUGAGAAGAGGAAUUGUUUUCUCUGUCUGAGGCCUCAUGUGCUCCAUAAUGUGGACUUGUAUGGCUGCAGCAGUGAUACAAAUGUUUAUUAUAACAAGUGGUGGAAUGUAACUAAGUACAUUGCUACAUUUACUCAAGUACUCGUCGUAAGUACACUUUUGAGGUGAGUGUAACUACUUUACUUGAGUAUUUUUAUUUCUACUUAUUGCGUACAUAUUGUACUUUCUACUCCACUGCAUUUAUUUAUUAGCUUUAGUGACUUUGCAGAUUUAUAUUAUAAAUACAAAAUAUAAAUCAAUAGUAAUAAAUUAUGUAUUAAAGUUAAGCUCCACGAGUGUUGUAUAGGCCAACACAUAAAUGAAUCAAUAAAUAUUAUCCAGUAAUGUGAUAUAUGUUAUUCUGAAAUGGACCAUUCUGCAUAAUGAAUUUAGCACUUUAAGUUUAUUUUCAUGAUAAUACUUUUGUACUGUUACUAAAGUAAGCGUUUGGAUGCAGGACUACUUGUAACCGAGUAUUUUUCACUGUAGUAUUGCUAGUUACCUUCAUAUUGAAGGCCUGAAUACUUCUUCCUCCACUGAUUGCAACCUCUAAGUGUAACUGUUACAGGAGCAGGAAUUACAGGAAUGUAGCCUGGGCAGUUGAAGGAGCACACUGCUUGGUAUUUGAAAUGAUCCCUUGUGGUUUUACAAUAUGAAACGAGCACUAAAAAUUCCUUUACCCUACUUUCCCAAUACAAGAUUACUGAAUAAUGUGCUGCUUUAUUCACUUGGCAGUAGCAGGAGUGUGAGCUCAGUCAUUAAAAGUGCUACUUGACCAGGUAGGGGUUCGCUGAAUUCAAGAACACUUUCAGCCAGGCACUGUAGUGGAAGACGUAGAGAAAACAGCUUUUACUUAACUUAAAGGAGCAAUACAGCAGUAAUACAAUUAUAUCGCAAGUGAAAGUCCUGUAGAAGCAGAGUGAGGGUUUCUGGCACAGCUACAUCUACUUCCAAUGUGUGUGGAGAAGUGAAAACGUCUCUCAACUUCACUAUAAGACCAGCGUGUUUCAUCUUGUGAAGUAAGAAGUCCUGCAUUCAACACUUUACUCAAGUGAAAGUACAUAACAAGUAGAAAACAAUUAAAGUACUCAUGCAAAAUGCACCUCUCAAAUUGUUGUAUUUACAACAUACAGCAUGUUAUUGGAAUACUAUUAUUCUAUAGUAUCAUACUGAUAAAUAGUCAUUCAAGCAGAAUUGUGAUUCUUUUGGAAUUAAUCGGUAAGGUGGAGCUAACAUUUAAUAACUUAAUGUAAGUGUUGGGUAGUUUAAUCUAUAGCAAUACAUCAUAUUUUAUUAGUUGAUCAUAUUUGCCUACAUGUUAAGUGAUAUGCUGCUACGUAACUAUAGCUGUGAAAAAAACAAAAAAAUCACUCUCAAAUGUAGCUCAAUAUCAAAUGUAAAUGCAUUAGUUAGGGGUGGGCGAUAUGACCUAUAUUUAUCACAGUAUUUAUUUUAAUUUUGUGGUGACUGUAUUAUAUCACAGAAUUACAAAAUCAAACCGAAUACUUCACUCAAAACAUGAAUCUACCAAUUCUCACUUUAUUGGCAAUGGAGCACAUCUUAAGAAUAUUUGAAAAAAUGCAUUUUUGGCUUUUAAGAAUGAACAUGAGGUAUCGAGCUACAUGUGUUUUAGGACGAGUAGCCAGCCACAUCACGUGUAUGCAUUAAGUACAACAGUAGUGGUAAAUUCAGAGUUAGUGGUUUAGUAACAGUCAAGCUGUUGUUUCGUGCUGUGAUUAAACUGUAAUGCUGAGCAACCUGGAUCUCCACAAUCAAGAAUAUUUAGAAAAAAAGUUGUUUCCGUCCAUUUGUGAUUGGAUCACUCUCGGCGCAUGUUAAUGCCAGGUCUAAACAUGGGCCUUGUUUCAGCAUUGAGCUGGCCCUCCUCACUGGGGGGGUGGGGGGGUGAUAUGAGUGUGGUGCGGUUGCCUUUUUAUGGCCAGGACAGGCUCAGCUGUGGAGAAGUCCACUGUGAUGGCUGCCUCGGCCCCAGCGGCCUGGAUCGACAGCAGGGAGAGAGCAGCUGUCUCGGUGCGGUGAGCCCACAAGGUGCUGUGCUACAACUGGGCACUGCUGCAGAAAAACAAAAUGCCUUCCAGGUUAUGUGCCUCUCUUCAUAUUCUGUCGUGUACAAUACAAGUAGCCUGAUCUUAACACUUGCAGACUAAGAUACUAAAUAUGAAUAGCCGAGUUGAUUCUGUAAACGCUAGAGCUGUACUCCUGUUAUGAUCACUGAUACGGAGAUGACAAAAAAUGCAAAAUAACGUUAAAGCCUCGAUGUAAAUUGUCUUCGGUGGUAAUUGCACGCUCGUACCAGCAAGGGGCAACGCUAGCAUUCAAACCAAGAGAUGGAGAACGCACUGCAAACACCUUCUUGAAAACUGAGCCUGUUUUUGAUUUACCCUGUUGUCAUGCACAGAACAGCUCCUGAACAAACAUUAUGUACUCGCUGAAUACUUGGACUCUUGGAAGCCACAGUUUUAUGGGGUCUGUGGCACAAAGUUAUGCAGUGAAUACGUCGAGCACUGGUUUCUUUCUAGAUUGCAGUGUUUAAAGUUGGCUUUUUACAAGAUGAUGUUGUAAUUUUUUGCUUUUUUUUUGUUUUUUGUUUGCCUUUGUAUUUGUACUCUGAAUCUUGGUCUGUGGGUUGGUUCAGAUAUUCAUGUUCACCCGAGGAUGCAUCCUACUGACUUUAGUUUGUCGUGUAGCGCAGCCAUCGCGUUGACCUCUGUAGUCUUUGUGAAAUAUCUUACCAACUGUUGGAUGGAUUGCCACGAAGUUGGGUUCAUACAUUGAUAUCUCCCUAAAGAUCAUUUUUAAUCAUUUUGUCAAUCCCUCAUGUUUUCUAAACCAAAUUAUUUGACAAACUCAUCUGAAAAUUUCUGAAAUAAAUAAAAAUAAAAAUGACAUUCCCAUCAGUCUCAGCUAUAAUUUGUGUUUGGUGCUCAUUAGCAAAUGCUAGCAUGCUAAUCAUGAGCAUGUUAGCGUCAUGCUUACGCUAGCAUGUAGCUUAACGCCGCUAUCUCGGCCGUGGACUCUUCACACUCCUGGUUUAAACUCUGAUUCAGUAAGUUCACUUAGUCAGAGUUUCUAUUUACAGUCGUUCUGAUUAUUUGCCUGUCACCAAAUACACUUGUACCAUGGUUCCCAAGUACAGGAAUAGAUGAACAAUAAUAUACACCACCCUCCCCUCCUCCAUAGUUUAGUCCAGGAUGCUACUAAUGUCCUCUGACUAACAGCAUUGUACCUCAGGCUGACACUGUUAUAGUACGUGAUGAAAGGGAUGCUGAUCCCUUCGAUGCUGGCUGGUUCACCGGUUUCUCCGUACUCGUCGCUCAUAGCAGUGAGAUUGUUUCCACACAUCUCCCCUCCCUCUCACCUUCCUUCCCUCCCUUCAUUUGAGAGCGUACAUUUCUAUCGCCUAUUCUUGGAACACGCCGAUCGUAAGUUGCUCAAUACUUCUGACCUGAGGAGGAAGUCAUGGCUUUAAAAACGAUAAAAAAAACACAGCUAAAAUAUUUAUAUAAAGACCAGAUGUGAUAGUUAUUAAUUUACUUUUUCAGGUAUUUGUAACAGAGGGCAGUGGGAGUAAGAAACAUACACGACUGAGUAAAAGGAAAGCUCACGACGUCUAUGUAAGGAAAUGCCGUUAUCCCCUCUAACGUAAAGACAAUCACUUCUACAGAAGUUAGGUGUUUUUUCAGUGCGGGUCUGGGUUGUGAGAUCCUGUCUGCCCUUCAGGAGAGCAGUUUGAUCCCUCACAGAGCUCCAGUAUGUGCACCGCUGCAUUGUUGAACACUUGUGUGGAAUGUGUGCUAGGUUCUUCUGGCCAGAGGAGCUUUACUACAACCUUUAAACAAAUCUCUGUCAGGAGAUGCUUGUGUAUUUUGAGAAAGAAUGAUUAUCUCAUCUUGACAAUAAUCCUAGAUAGGCCUUUAAUGUAGACUCCUACCAACUCGGUAGCAACUUGUGUGUUUGUUUUUGUUUUUUAUUUAUUGUUUUCUCCUGGUAAAAUGUAAUACAAUAUGAUGUCAAAGUCCGCUAUACUUUUACUGUUAAACUCACUACAGCCAUGAAUGAUUGAAGCACUCUUUUCAACACCUUAUAGGGUCAAGAUUAGAUGCCUCAUUUUUUAUCAUUAUUGUAUUUGCAUGGGAAUGAAUAUACUCCACAUUCUGUCUGACCUUUCUGCUCUCAAGACAAAAAUAUACAGGCAACAAAGUGAGUUACUGCAUAUUGACUAUUAUAUUACAUUAAAUAUUGUCGUCAACUGGAAAUAUGUCACUAAUUUUAACAUUUAGUUUGCAAGGAAAAGAAUAAAACAGAAAAGCAGCAAAUCCUCACAUUACAGUAGCUGGAGCUGUGGAUCUAGAACAAUCCUAUAUUAGCUUUAGCACAUUUCUAACAUACAACUAGCAGUGAAAACUAAAUAAAGCUGGAUCUCGUAGCCACCUUCUAGUUUUAACAUUCAUGACAGUUACAGCUGAUUGAGAGUAUAGUUUUUGACACUCGGUCCGUCCCUGUUCCUGUUUGUCGGCUGUGAUCGAAGCAGGUCUGCUUUGGUAACCUGGCUAACAGAAUAUUAUGACGGGGAGCUUUUGUGUUUUGGUGUGCUGCUUUGCAGAAGGUGGUGAGGAGGCCUGGGCUCAGCUGGCUCCUUUCUCAAAGACCACUUACUUAAUGCUGACUGACCACAGAGACAUACCAAUGGGGGAGCUUAAACUCUCCCCACAGCAUCAGCUCACAGCCUGUUAGGUGUUCUCCCUAAACCCCCCCUCCCACCCGUGCCUUGAAAUGGACACUGCGCGUGUAUUUAUAGCCCUUGAGCACAAGAAGCUCUGUAUCUUCUCGAGAGAGACCAGAGUCGUGCUGAGCUUCGCCGUCGUGUUUUAUAGACGAAACAUGCCUAGAGGGGCUCAUCAGACGAAAACAUCGUUCUGACCACAACCAUCGGAUACUGAGACACUCAGAGAGAGGAGAGAUGGAAAAGCCAGUCUUGCAGACACAACCGUCCACCCUACCUUUUUUCGACACGGCCCACGCCUUCAACCUGCUGCGGGGAAUCCACGAACUCCGUGCCGAACGGAAGUUUUUCGAUGUGACUUUGUGUGCUGAGGGCCGCGAGUUCCACUGCCACCGCACAGUGCUGGCCGCUGCCAGCACCUACUUUCGAGCUAUGUUCGCAGGAACUUUAAAGGAGAGCGUUAUGGACCGGGUAGUUCUACAUGAGGUGUCAGCUGAGCUUUUAGGGCUGCUGGUGGACUUCUGCUACACGGGACGAGUCACCGUCACGCAGGAUAAUGUGGACGUCCUGCUGAAGACGGCAGAUCUGUUUCAGUUCCCCUCUGUCAAGGAGGCCUGCUGUGCUUUUCUUGAGCAGCGGCUGGACGUCUCCAACUGCUUAGAGAUCCAGGACUUUGCAGAGGCCUACGCUUGCCGAGAGCUGGCGACAAGCGCUCGCCGCUUUGUCCUCAAAAACAUAAUGGAGCUGGCUAAAGCCACAGACUUUGACCGGCUGCCGUGGAAGCGCCUCCUUGAGUUUGUGUCGGACGAUGAGUUUUGCGUUGACAAGGAGGAGGCAGUUUAUCAAAUUGCAUUGCGCUGGGUGAAGGCUGACCUCCAGCGGAGACUGCACUACUGGCCCGAGCUCCUCCAGCAGGUCCGACUCCCCUUCGUCAGGAGGUUCUUCCUGUUGGCCCAUGUGGAGAGCGACCCGCUCGUCUACUUGUCACCCACCUGCCUUCGCAUGGUGAACGAGGCUCGUAGCUUCCAGUCCUGCGAGUACGACCGACAUGACAGACCAUGCCACCGAAUGCGGCCGCGGCCGUCUACAGGGCUGGCAGAAAUCCUGGUGGUGGUAGGAGGCUGCGACCAGGACUGCGAUGAGCUGGUCACAGUGGACUGUUACAACCCCCAGACCGGACAGUGGCGCUACCUGGCCGAGUUCCCUGAUCACCUCGGAGGAGGCUACAGCAUAGCUGCCCUCGGAAACGAUAUGUAUGUCACAGGUGGCUCUGACGGCUCUCGUCUCUACGACGGUGUGUGGCGCUAUAAGUCUAGCGUCAACGAGUGGACAGAGGCGGCGCCCAUGCUGAAGGCCCGCGAGUACCACAGCUCUUGUGUGCUGAAGGGUCAGCUCUACGUGGUGGCGUCGGACAGCACCGAGCGCUACGAUCACGCUCUGGACUGCUGGGAGGCCUUACCGCCCAUGCUGCACGCCAUGGACAACUGCUCCACCACCACGUGCAGCGGACGCCUGUAUGCCAUCGGCUCCCUGACUGGGGAGGAGACCAUGGUCAUCCAGGGCUAUGAUGCAGACACCAACCGCUGGGCCAUGGUCAGCUGUGGACAGCUGCCGCCGUGGUCUUUCACACCGAAAACUGUUACCCUCAAAAGCCUCAUCUACUUCAUCAGGGAUGACUCACCCGAGGUCGAUGUUUAUAAUCCUCAAAAGAACGAGUGGGACAAAAUUAGUCCGAUGACCCAGGUGCACGUUGGAGGCAGUGUGGCAGCCCUGGGCGGUAAAUUAUACGUGUCCGGUGGUUAUGACAAUACUUUUGAGCUGUCGGAUGUGGUGGAGGCGUUCAAUCCGACCACCCGCUCAUGGACUCUUGCUGGACGACUACCUCAGCCGACCUUCUGGCACGGCAGCGUCAGCAUAUUCCGCCAGUUCAUGCCCCAGGUGACCAGUGCGUUUGGACCUACUGAGAUCCCCGAGUCAAACGCCAUCCACUUGCAUCGGCACCAUCGUCACCAAGCGCUCUACAAUCUCAACAACAAUCUCAACCAAAACCAGAACCAGGAUGUCAACCCAGCGCACUGAGUUGGGACAUGGAAGCCCCCCCCCCCCCGUUACAUUUUCAAUCUGAAAGGCCUGGCGGAAUGUAUACUAAAGCUAAGGCAAGCCACUACCUUCAAAUUGAAGGUGGGGAAGUUAACCAAACCAAACAGUUAGUCCUCAGGGUCGGGUUACGCUCAGUCAGAACUAGUUUGUCUGACCACGUUGGAAAUCAAGUGUUUUCUAGUUGUUCUGAACUGCUACACUCGAAGACGAAGUGAAAAGCUGGCCAUCAAAAGGGGGAGGGAUGUUAUUUAGAUACAGGGAACAGCGACAGUCUUUUUUUGGAAGGCAUUCAUCGUGCUGCACUUGUUUGUUGACGUGAAAAGUGACGACAAUAGUUGUGUGAAUAAUCAAAAAAGAGAGCACCUCGACACAGCUAAACAAUCAUGGCGUGCAGUGAGUGUGGAUAAUAGAUUUUGGGAAGUUGCAUAAGUGGUAGGUUGCAUACUGGCAGCUUCAUCAUGGAUGUCUUCCAAAAAUAGACUCUUUAACAACACUUUCAACACUGCAUAAAUGUCACCUUUGUGUCUUUUGUCCAAGUAUUUUUCUAGUGCAGAGUCUACGCCUCAUUUUGGUGCGUCAAGCAGUGAUGGGUUUAUAACUUUCCCCUGACGACAGAGAGCAUAAAAAGAAAAACAUAACUGCAGCUGCAGUGUUUGUUUCCCCCCCAUUGGCCACAAGGGGCAGUAGCAAGUCCAUUCCACAAUUUAAAAACUUGGAAAAGCUGCACAAAGGUGAGAUUGUUUACUGUAUGUGUUAGUGUUACAAGAGAAAAGACUCCAAGGAUGAAGUCUAGCUGGUUAAUUUUGCCACCUUCGACAAAGAGCAGCACACAGUCGCUUCCAGUCCCCAACAGGGCGAGGUGUUUCUGUGUACUGUCAUAUUUGUUCAGAAACAGCAAUAAUCUGUUUACAUUCCAAAAAACGACGGUAAUCACAAUUGAUAUAUCUCGCACUAAAAAGUAGGGCUGCACAGGAUAGUUUGAAGCUUCAGAGUUUUGUUAUAACGUUGACGUUUGAAUUUUAAAUCAACACACGAAUGCUGUGCAGCUGUUUUUGUUUUUUGUGUCUUUUCAUUGUUGUUAAAACCCCCGUAUGUCUUCACAGUUGCAGAUAAAGAUUAGGCUACACUAAUAUCACAACGCCAGAGCUUUAAGUCCAAAAAGUUACAAUUUAUUGAAAUUCAAUCCAUAUUUGUUGACGUUUAGCCUUUCAGAAACAUUUGAACUGUGGUCAAAUAACAGACAAAGGGAUGCAUGUACCUGUAUGAACGGGUCGGUAUAGCAGCAAUCUAACGGUACCGUAAAUUACAUUUAUAUAACCGCAAUCAUUUAAAAUAAUUUGGGUGACGAUGUCAUAAAAUAUGACGACAGAAAUUCGAAGCGUCAUAUAAAAACUUAAAUAGAAGCUUGAAAUGUAAAAAAGACAUUCGGUGCCGAACUACUAAACAGACAUAUGGCUUUAUAGGAUGAUUGAAAUAUCAAGUGUGCUGAGUAAUCAUCUGUCAUAGGAUUUCAGGAUGAUUGGUUGUGAUGUUAACUUGCACCGGGUUGAUAUUGUGCUGCUAGCGAUAAUUAGACGACUCCUUGUGUCACUCCUGGCUCUUUAACUUUGCCACAUCAACCUUUUUAACCACCAGUCAAAGGUGCAUGAAGAAUUUUCCUUAAGAAUUGUAUUUACGGACAUUUUAAUGUUUUUCAUGUUUAUUUAAGGAUAUAUUUGUGCUGUGGUUGCUUACGAGGUUCCCGCCUUUCAGUUGCAUUAAGAAAAGUAACUCUUCAUAAAUGUGGGUGAUGGGUCGCCAGUAACUGGAAGUGCGAAAGAAUCUCAAUUUGUUAUGUAUUUUAGCUUUAAUGUUUGUAUGGUAUUGUUUAUGCAUCGUUUUUAUCGUUGUCUUAGUUUUCAUACAAGUUUGUGGUGUUGAAUCGAUUUUGUAACCUCACGUACUGUGUUUGUAAAAUGUUUACAGUGUGGUUACCAUAAAUUAAACUGCAGGCUGGAGUCACA